ACGGAUUUAACUCGACACUGGUGUACUUUUCGUUUGGUAGGGAGGAGUCAGACAUUAGUUUCUUUUAUUAAAGUGAGAUGUUUAUUGAAUUAGCAGUAAUUAUUCAUCAUGUAUCACGUAUCCAUAAUGUAGGUCGUGCAUGCUGUAGAUUUAAAACUAUUCAUUGGUAACCAGAUAAUCUCCUAUAAGAAAAGAUCGAAGCAAAGUGAGCGGAACAGGAAGGCGGAACAAGAUCACACACUGACUCGAAACAAAUACCAGAAGACAGUUGAUAACACAAACUCUGCCCUGGUUGUUUAAACAACCUUUUAACCUUUUUAACAGUAAAUAACACACACAAAGCAUUCAAACUAAUCGCCUGACUCUGCCUCACUCAACAAUGUCCAUGGCUCUUAAACAAGUCUUCAACAAAGACAGGACAUUCCGGCCCAAGCGCAAGUUUGAGCCCGGGACGCAGCGCUUCGACCUGCACAAGAAAGCCCAGGCCUCUCUGAACGCGGGGCUGGACCUGAAGAUGGCCGUGCAGCUGCCCCACGGUGAGGACCUCAACGACUGGGUCGCCGUCCACGUGGUAGACUUCUUUAACCGCAUUAACCUCAUCUACGGCACCAUCAGCGACUCCUGCACCGAUCAAACCUGCCCCGUCAUGUCCGGAGGGCCCAGGUACGAAUACCGCUGGCAGGACGAGCACAAAUACAAGAGACCCACAGCCCUGUCGGCCCCUAAAUACAUGAGUCUGCUCAUGGAUUGGAUUGAGGUACAAGUCAACAAUGAGAACAUCUUCCCCACCAAUGUCGGUACUCCCUUCCCUAAGACCUUCAUGCAGGUGGCUAAGAAGAUUUUGUCUCGUCUGUUCCGGGUGUUUGUUCACGUCUACAUCCACCACUUUGACCGUGUGAGCCAGAUGGGGGCCGAGGCUCACGUCAAUACCUGCUAUAAGCAUUUCUAUUACUUUGUCACUGAGUUCAACCUCACGGACCACAAAGAGCUGGAGCCUCUGAAAGAGAUGACUUCCCGGAUGUGUCACUGAAGGGACAGAACUGACCGGUUGACACACACCGGACGAUCUCAUCCGUCCAUCAAGAAGACUGCAGAACUAAAAGAACAAACAAAUUAGAAAAAUAGUCUAUUUUUAUAUUUAAGUACUGUAAUCUAUUUUAGCCACAUACUGUAGGUUUUAAGCUUGUGAGAUGAGGCGUUCUGUUCCUUUUAAAGCGUUUUCAAACAUAUUAUCAGAGCAAAGUAUUAAGAGGUGUAUGUUUGUCUCAAUGUUUUUUUAUUUUAUUUGAAUCUCAAUCAUUCCAGGAUGCUUUUGUCUAUUUGUCUGUAAAACAAUCUAAAAUUAGUAUGAAUUCUUACUGUACUAUAUAAAAAUCACUAUGUUGUUACAUCAAAAUGAUUCUGUACUGUGAUAAAUUGACUUUGGUAAUCAGUAUUUAAAUUCA